AUGACUCAACAACUUGAAAUGACUGAUUAUGUGGCUACAAGAUGGUAUCGUGCACCGGAAUUAUUGGUCGGAGAUCGACAAUAUGGUACAGCCGUUGAUGUUUGGGCUAUUGGAUGUGUCUUUUGCGAAUUAUAUUCCGGAGUACCAUUAUGGCCAGGUAAAUCGGAUGUGGAUCAACUUUAUUUAAUUCGUAAAACUCUUGGUAAUCUUAUUGAUAAGCAUGUAGCUAUUUUAAAAAGUAAUCCUCACUAUAAAAAUGUACACAUUCCUGAACCUGAUACAAUCGAGCCGUUAGAACAAAAAUUUCCCUAUGUAUCUGAACGAAGUCUUGAUUUUAUGAAAAGUUGUUUGGUAAUGGAUCCUGAAAAACGUUUAACAUGCGGUCAACUUUCACAACAUCCAUAUUUUGAUGGUUUUACUAAUGAAUUUGAACGUGAAAGAAAAGAACAACAGAAACACUUACAUCGUGAACAACAAAAACUAUUACAACAGCAAGCGAAAAUCCAAAAUAAUGUUUAUGUUACUGGUGCGAAACAGCAAAAUCCAGGACAUUUUCCAUCCCUUUCUCGCAAUCAAGAUCACGAUGGAAAUAAUACACCGGCGUCCGAUGAUCGAGCACAAUAUUCUAAUGUCCAUUCAACAUCAAACAAUCCCGGAGACUAUUUAAGACCAAGUCGACUUGAAAUCUAUCUUGAUCCUGAUCAACGUAUAAAUGUCAACAAAACACGAUUUGGAAAUGCUCAACAUCCAAGUGUACCAACAACAAGUGUUAUUAAUGAUCCAGAUUUAUCAAUAAAACCAUCACCACAAACAAAACGUUUAGCAUAUGGAGAAAAUUAUACACAUUUGCCAAAUAUUUAA